AUGGCCGAUCUACUGACUUGUGAUGGCUGUCAACAGGUGAAAACAAAACUUCUUCCUUGUAAACAUUCGCACUGUCUUUCCUGUUUGGAAAAAAAUUCCGAAACAGUAGAAAAAAUAAAAUGUGUCGUUUGUGGGGAAGUUCACGCCAGACCUCAGAACCUAGAUUCACUUCCUGAUAACAAUUUCAUCACAACGUUUGAAAAAAUUAAACAGAAAUACGAAGUAAAAAUGAUUGGCAACAAUUAUUGCGAUACAUGUGGAGAUGGUCAAAAAGUGGCGGAGAAGUAUUGUGCCCACUGCAGACAACAUCUCUGUCUGUCUUGUCUUCAAAUGCAUAAUAAGUUCAAAAUGAACCAGAAACACGAGGUGGUUGACGUUAAUGUUGAUUCAUCAAGUUACAAUGAGGCCAUAAAGAAAGUUGAUUAUGAGAAGUGUCUUACUCACGAUCAAAAUAUAGACAUCUAUUGCCAGGACUGCAACCAGUUCAUUUGUUUAAAGUGUUUCAUAUUUCAGCACAAAGAACAUAAAUUCACGGAAAUAAGUUCAAAAGUUGAAGAGGAUAAAAAAAAGAUUGAAUCUACAAUCGCUGAACUUCAAAAAAAUUUAGUUAUUUAUGAUGAAAAACUGGAAAUUUUUGAAGAAACAUCUGUGAAAUCUGAAAUAAUAUCAAAAAUUUGCUCAAACGGUAACGCCUUGAAAGUUUUCAUUGAUAAUUUUAUAAAGGAUUUCGUUGACUUAACUGAAAAACUGUUCCAAAUGUAUCAUGGUGAACUAAUAAAAGAAUCUAAACUUGAAAUUUGCAACGAAAAAAAAAUAAUUGAAGCAAGAAUUUCUUCUUUAAUCGAAACCAUGAAUGAUCUCAACUUUCAAACUGUGAUUCACAAAAAAUACGACCUCUGUGUUACCAAGUGCAAAACGUUUUAUAUACAGUAUCCCUUUAUCGAGUUUCGCGAACCAUCAACUUUGUUAUACUAUAAUUUAUUAGAUUACGUUGCAUAUGGGUUUUUACCUUUGGUCGCAGAAAUGUUCCCAGAUAAGCAGCAUGAAAAAAAUUUUGAUUCAUCUGGUCCUAAUGCAAUGAAAAAUGCAAAGAGGAUUUCUAUCACUGAGUUAAUAGGCCGUGUAUAUAUCAAAAAUAUUUAUUUGACAGUUUAA